AUGGCGUCUCCCAGCUACAAGUACUUCCUGGUUUCCACGCCACUUCCCAAUGUAGCACACGUCCAGAUCAACAGACCCUCGAAACUAAACGCCUACCACGAAGAAAUGUGGUUCGAAAUGAAGACAGUCUUCGACACCCUAUCACUCAGCCCCGACGUUCGCGCCAUCAUCUUCUCCGGCGCAGGCGAGAAGGCUUUCACAGCUGGACUAGACGUACAAGCUGCCAGUCAAGAAGGAGUCUUGAAACAGCAGGAGGGACAGCCCGAUGCAGCGAGAGUGGCAGUAGGGAUAAAAAGAUAUGUGCAAGAGUUCCAGGAUUGUGUUAGUAGUAUUGAAAAGUGCGAGAAGCCCGUAAUCUGCGUCCUCCACGGCUUCUCGUUCGGCCUCGCAAUCGAUAUGUCCACCUGCGCCGAUAUCCGAAUCUGCACAUCAGAUGUAAAAUUCGCCGUAAAAGAAGUCGACAUCGGCCUCGCCGCCGACAUAGGUACACUGACUCGGCUCCCCAAAAUCGUCGGCAAUCACUCUUGGGUCAAGGAUGUAUGCCUCACGGCGCGAGUCUUCGGCGCAGAAGAAGCCUACCGAGUCGGUUUCGUCAGCCAGGUGCUUGAGAAUAAGGAGAAGGCUGUAGAGACUGCGUUGAAGAUGGGAGAGCUAUUGGCUAGUAAGAGCCCCGUGGCGGUGCAGAGUACAAAGGAACUGUUGAAUCACGCGAGGGAUCAUACAGUUGCGAGCUCGUUGAGGUACACGGGUGUUUGGAAUAGUGCGGCGAUUCAGACGGAAGAUGUUUCAAAGGCGAUGUUGUCGGGCAUCAAGAAGACGAAACCAAGGUUCGAAAAGCUAUAG